AUGUCUUCGAACGAGAGCCCUUCCACCCUCCAGUCAGCUAUUGACACUGCUACCGGCUAUGUUCAGUCUGGCAUUGCCGCCGUGACUGGCAACACCACCGACCAAGCCAAAGCAGACCAAUACAAGAACAAGGGCGCCGACGAAGCCGACCUCUCACAUGCUGCCGCCAAAGCAGGCCCUUUCACUGUCAGCUCCACUGGGGUUCCUGCCAAAGACAGCAGCGACCGGACGCAAGGUCAAUGGGAUCAGACCGUUGGUAGCGCCAAGGAGACCAUCGGCAACCUCAUUGGCAAUGAAAACCUAAAGCACCAAGGCCGCGAACAGAACGCACAAGGCCAAGGUCAAGAGGCUAAAGGCCAGCUCAAUGACCUUGGAAAGGGUGUCAGCGAUCGCAUCCAGGGUUCUCUCGGCAGUGCUGUUGCGGGUCUGACUGGCGAUCGCGAGGAACAAGCCAAAUACAACGAGAUUCAUGACGAGGGAAAGACCAGACAGCGUGGAGUCGAAGUCGAUUUGGACAAACAAGCGUCUGCUGAGCGGAAGUAG